AUGCUUGCAGACUCGACAAGCGAAAAGCAACCCCUCAUUGAGAGGGAUGUAUUGCCAAUCGACUCAACCCCUCCGCAGCAUUUUACAAAGAAUCACAACAUGCCGCAGAAAUGGCUCCUGCUGGCCAUCAUAUCUUCGAUUUUGUUCUUUUGGAGUCAAUUAGCUCCACGUGAGCCCAGUACGGCUCGCAUUGGUGAGGCUCCUCACCAAGUCCGGACGUACCCUGGGGAGCUCAUCGAAUGGACUUUGUGUGGAAAUUUAGAGGGCAGCGAUCUGGAAUGCAGCUCAAUCACUGUACCAAUGGAUCAAUUUAGCAAGGAAAAUCCGAGCAACCGUACUUUUAGUAUUCCGCUUGCACGAUUACGCGGCUCCCAAAGAGCAACCAAAAACAUCAUUGUUAAUCCGGGUGGCCCAGGAGGUAGCGGCAUAAAUUGGCUCUAUCGGAAGGGCAAGGCGACUCAGAAAAUUGCCGGUGACAACUUCCACAUUUUGUCAUUUGACCCGCGGGGCGUCAAUAACUCCCGGCCACAAGCUACUUGCUUCCCGGAUGAUGAAACUCGCAAAGCACGAUCCAUCUCACUCUCCUAUGACCCCCUCGUGGAUGGCCCAAAACUGCACCCUUGGACUAGCAACUAUGUUCAGGCGUGCUCCGAUACAAUGGGCGAGUAUGGCCCAUACAUGAAUACUCCGCAGACAGCCGCAGACAUGAAUAGCAUCCUCGAUGCAGUUGGCCAAGAGAAUAUGAUCUACUGGGGUUUUAGUUAUGGCAGCCUACUCGGACAAACUUACGCGACCCUGUUUCCAGAAAGAUCAGAGCGAGUCAUUAUUGACGGUGUUGUGAACCAAUUCUAUUGGUAUACUGAUCCCUUGGAAGGGGAUUAUGAGGACACCGAAAAGGUCUUUGAUGGAUUUUUCAACGAAUGCGUAAAGGCUUCUGACGAAUGCCCUUUGAAUGCCUUUGGUCAUACUAAAGAAGAUUUGAAGCAAAACGUUACCAAUUUUCUUCAGUCCCUGAAAGAAGACCCUAUACCGGCCUACAUCAACAGCACUGCCUUUGGGCUGAUAGAUUACAGCACGAUGUGGCUCCGUGGCAUUUUCCCUGCCUUGUAUAGACCUGCUUCUUGGUAUGAGCUUGCUGACAUCAUAUCACAACUCAUGAAUGGGAACGCAACGGCUGCGCUGCUUGCUUUCGGCCUGGAUAAAAACAGCUCGAUGGUCAUGGAGCAUGGAAUGAUUAUCCACAGCAACGACGGCGCUGCCGGAAAAUCACACUGGCCAGAGAAAAAGAACGAGCUAUUGGAAAUGCUGCAGCCUGUGUGGAAUUCAUCAUCAUUUGCUGUUACACAAAUGGAAGAAUUUUUUACCAAAGCACAGUGGCUCAUCUCAAAGGAACACUCAUUCGCACCGCGCCGAGAUGUUGAGACCUUAUACCCGCUACUCAUCCUUUCCACUACGUAUGAUCCGAUUUGUCCGCUUCACUCUGCAAAGGUAGCAAGAGAAUCAUUCGUGGGCUCACGCCUAAUCGAAAUCGAGGGAUACGGGCAUUGCUCUUCCGCGAUGCCGUCCUCGUGCCUAGUGCCACACCUGCGUGCGUUCCUUAACAAUGGCACUUUGCCAGAAAGAGAUGUGAAGUGCGGCGUUGACGGACCAUAUUUUAUUACCCCAAAUCAGAAGGAAGAAAUUCUGGCUGGCCGAUCGGAAUCCGAAUAUGGUGAUCUUCGUGCCGCUCAGUAUGAGCUCGCAAGUCCGGGAGAAUGGGCAAACUGGUUGUAA